AUGCGGGUAAAGGCAACAAUUGAAACUAUUCAAGUACUUGCGCUUCAAGGACUUGGUUUUAGAGGUCAUGAUGAAAGUUCGACUUCAUUGAAUCAAGGUAAUCUAAUUGAAUUAUUAAAGUUCAAGGAGAGAGGGAAUGAUGCACUUGAGAGCAUUAUAUUUAAGAAUGCUCCACAAAAUGCCAAAUACACUUCUCCAAAGAUCCAAAAGGAUAUUUUGUAUAUACUUGCUGACAGAGUUAGGAAUAUGAUUUUUGAUGAAGUUGCAAGAGGUUAUUUUUGUAUUCUUGUUGAUGAAUCCCAAGACAAGUCUAAAAAAGAACAAACGGCCCUUAUUUUGAGAUAUGUCAAGAAUGAUGGUUUGCUAGGGGAACGGUUCUUUGAUAUCAUGGGUGUCAAAAAUACAUAUGCAUUGACUCUUAAAAAAGAGAUAUCGAAUAUCCUUUCUCAAUUUAAUCUCCCUAUUCAAAACAUGCAUGAUCAAGGGUAUGAUGGUGCUAGCAAUAUGCGUGGUGAAUGGAAUGGACUUCAAGCUUUAUUUCUUAAAGAUUGUCCAUAUGCAUAUUAUGUACACUACUUUGCACAUCGUCUGCAAUUGGCCUUAAUUGCGGCAGCAAAAGAUAAGCCUAAUGUUUGGCAAUUUUUUUCUCACUUGAGUUGUAUUGUCAAUCUUGUUGCUUCUUCUUCAAAGCGCCUUGGUGAGUUAAAAUCUUUUCAUAGGAGUGAGGUUGAAAAUAUGUUGGCUAGUGGUGAGCGUCAAUCUAGUAAAUGGGCCAAUCAAAUUGGUACCUUGCAUCGAGCUGGAGCUACUCGUUGGAGCUUGCAUUAUGAAUCUGUUAGAAACUUGAUUGAUAUAUAUGACGCAUCUUGUGUAGUUGUUGAAAGUCUCAAUAAGAGUACAAAUCAACAAAUUCGCGGGCAAGCUAAUGGUGUUUACAAAGUAAUGAAGAGCUUUGAAUUCACAUUCAUCUUGCACUUGGUGGACAACAUUUUGGGAAUCAUGAAUGCACUUUGUCAAGCCUUGCAACAGAAAACUCAAGACAUCUUAAAUGUGAUGAAAUUAGUCUCCACAACAAAAGCUCUCCUUCAAAAACUUAGACAAGAUGAUUGGGAUACUUUUCUUGCAAAUGUGGUGUCAUUUUGCAAUCGACAUAACAUUGCGAUGCAUGAUAUGAGUUCUCCUUAUGAAAGGGGUACAAGUUGUCGUCGUCAACAAGAUCACAUUAUAAUUGAGCAUCAUUAUCACUUUGACAUAUUCAGCUCUACAAUUGAUUUUCAAUUGAUAGAGUUAGAACAUAGAUUUAAUGAUGGGGUAGUGAAACUUCUUUCUCUUAGCUCGCCUUUGGAUCCUAGUGGCAAUUUUAAUCUUUUAAUGUGGAUAAUAUUUGCAAUCUUGCCGAGAAAUGUUAUCCCCAAGAUUUCACUUCUCAGGACAUCCAUGCUUUGA